AAACCCAUUUGAAACAGAAGAGGAACUUCUUCUGGAAACAUUUAUAACUUGAGGUUUAGACACUAAAACACGUGAAGAUGGAGGAGCACAGGACCAAAAUGAGCACGUUUUCUUCUGACAGGACGGAUGACUUCACAGAUGGGACUGAAGGAGAUAAAUGUUCUGUACCGGGUAAAGCACUUGGCCAAGGCCUUCUUUGCAAAGUGUGUUCAGAUGCAAGCAGUGGUAAACACUACGGCAUCUAUGCAUGUAACGGCUGCAGUGGCUUCUUCAAGCGUAGUGUGAGAAGAAGACUCAUCUACAGGUGUCAGGCUGGGACUGGUGGGUGCCCCGUAGACAAGGCUCAUCGGAACCAGUGCCAAGCUUGUCGACUGAAGAAAUGUCUCCAAGCUGGCAUGAAUAAAGAUGCCGUGCAGAAUGAGCGACAGCCUCGAAGCACAGCACAUGUCAGUCUAGACGCGAUAUGUGUGGACACUAAAAAGCAGCAUCUAACCACUAUACGAGAGCUAACCUCCCCUGCCGCCUUCUCGUCAGUCAUCUGUAGACCUGUGGUCACUCCCUCUGUCACCAACCCUUCCACCGUCCAGCACUGCAGCAACCCCAACAACAACCACCGCUUCAUGGUCAGCCUACUGACUGCAGAGACCUGCACAAAGCUGGAGCCUGAGGAUGUGGAGGAGAAUAUCGACGUGACAACAAACGAUUCACAGAGAGAUCGGUCUCCCUCUGACUGCCCAAUGUCCCCGUACACCUCCAACUGUUCAGAGAGUGUGUAUGAAACAUCAGCGCGACUCCUCUUCAUGUCCGUCAAAUGGGCCAAAAAUCUGCCUGUUUUCGCUCACCUUCCAUUCCGAGACCAGGUGAUUCUCCUUGAAGAAGCUUGGAGCGAGAUGUUCCUGUUGUGUGCCAUCCAGUGGUCCCUCCCGCUCGACAGCUGUCCUCUCCUGUCUCUGCCAGAGCUUUCUCCCACACAGCAGGGCAAGAUCGGCCUCCCCGCAGCUGACCAUCGCAUGCUGGAAGACAUAUUUAACCGCUUUAAGGCCCUCGCGGUUGACCCCACUGAGUUUGCCUGCUUGAAAGCCAUUGUCCUGUUCAAACCAGAGACACGCAGCCUAAAAGACCCAGAGCAGGUGGAGAAUCUGCAGGACCAGUCUCAGGUGUUACUAGGCCAGCACAUCCACUCGGUGUACCCCAGCCAAAGUGCCAGGUUUGGGAGACUGUUACUCCUGUUGCCAUCCCUCCACUUUGUGAGCCCGGAGAAAGUAGAGCAGCUUUUCUUUCACAGGACCAUCGGCGGCACACCCAUGGAGAAGCUGCUCUGCGACAUGUUCAAAAAUUAAACAAGCAUUGGGGGACUCAGAAUGACACUUUCAAGGGAAAAACAUAAUGAACCAGCCCUCUGGCAACAUGUUUUCAGUUUAAUAGGCUUAUUCAAACUGAAGCACAUUGGAAUUUGUUAUUUGUUACACUUUUUUGUGUGUAAAUAUUCAAUUUUGUUAUACCCCAGACUUACCCAAAUUCUGUAGAAGGAAAUGCUGUUUUUUUUUUUUUUUAAAUUACAGGUUGUCAAAGAAU